CUGGACCAGAUGAGGAGGUUCCGUCGGCAGCACGAGCAGCUGCGAGGCGUGAUUCUGCGCGUCCUGAGGCCUGCGGUCCAGGCUACAACUCCGACCAGCCCCGAGGGAGAGGCCUCCAGUCCGGUCAAGACUACAGAGUUCCUGCUGGAUGCAGCAGACGCCAACGCCAUUGAGGAGGUGAACCUGGCCUAUGAGAAUGUGAAGGAGGUGGACGGACUGGAUGUGUCGAAGGAAGGGACGGAGGCCUGGGAGGCCGCCAUUAAAAGGUAUGACGAGCGGAUUGACCGUGUGGAAACCCGGAUCACGGCCCGUCUGCGAGACCAGCUGGGCACCGCCAAGAACGCCAACGAGAUGUUCCGCAUCUUCUCGCGUUUCAACGCCCUGUUCGUGCGGCCGCACAUCCGCGGAGCGAUCCGCGAGUACCAGACACAGCUCAUCCAGCGCGUCAAGGACGACAUCGAGUCGCUACACGACAAGUUCAAGGUCAGAUCUCGCUUGUCAGGUCAAACACAGUCAUCAAAUGCCUGUUGAAAUCGGGCACCUUCUACAGAAAGUGAUUUUU